CGCGCGCAGCCAUGGCGGACGGGAGACUACAUCUCCCGUGAUCCCCCGCGCGCUGGGCAGCAUGGAGUCAAGUGUGGCUGCGCUGGAGAGGCGGGUCCGCGGUUGCCUGUGCGACUUCGGCUUCGAGGUUUCUCCCCUCAAGGUUGGGUGGUACAAUGCUGUUCUUCAGCCAUCCUUUCAUCUCCGAUACUCCGAGGAUACACUGGCAUUCAUUGUCCUCAGCACACCCUCAAUGUUUGACAGAGCCUUUAAACCCUUUGUGGACAAACAGCUGCUGAAGAAAAUCAAUGAUCCAGUGGAUCAGUGUGUUUCUUAUCAUCUGUCACUUGUGAAGGAGAGUCUCCCUGACCAGAGGGUGGACAUCAUUUAUGAUUAUGAGAUCCUGCCAAACCGGAAGCCCAAGUUUCUGGCCCAGACAGCUGCCCAUGUGGCUGGAGCAGCAUAUUACUACCAGAGGAAGGAUGUGAGGUGUGAUCCCUGGGGAGAAAAGAAGAUCUAUGGCGUUUGUAUCCAUCCCCGGUACGGAGGCUGGUUUGCUAUCCGAGGUCUCCUCAUAUUCCCAGAUGUUCAGGUGCCAUUCCUGGAGCAGGUUGCCCCUGUUGAUUGUGUGGCUUCAGAGGAGCAGCGAAUAGAGCUGCUGGAGAAAUUCAAUUUCCACUGGCGGGACUGGAGCUAUAGGGACAUCAUUGAAGUGAAGGAACGGUACUCGGAGGAGCAGAAAGCCUACUUUGCAGCUCCUCCAGCAGAGAGAUUCAAAUGGCUAGAGCUGCAAGGAGUUGUCCAGAGAAGUGUGUACUGCUGAGUAACACGGUUCCGAGUGUGGGGCAGGGAAUGAACAGAGUGCCGCUCACAGACGCCCGCAUCCUCCAUAGCAGUUAUGAAGGGGUAUGUGACAGUUCAGCGGUGGCAGAUCCCACAUGAAUGAGUACUGGGUUUACAAUGGCACCAUGGUGCCGGGGCCCCAGCCUGGCACAGCCUGCUCCACGUUUGCUGUGCCUGGAGCAGCUGGCUUCUCUCUACCGCCCACCCCAACUCCCCUCCCACCGCUCACUCGUCUCGGCCCACUGAGGGAUCCUCUCUGCCCCCGUCACAGCAGGCGACUGUCUUGGGGAGUUGGAGGGUCCCUCUCCCCCUCACCCAUGCAAGGAAAUGCCUCCUCUACCACAAGCACCAUCAGUGCCAGUCUAGACACCUGCCUCUUGGAUCAAGAUGGAGUCUCGCAUGCUGGGGUUUGUGGUCUGGCCCCAUCUUGUAGAGGAAGGUGGCUGCAGUCUGCUCCAUGUUCUAGCUAAUAGGACUGGAUUCCUCUGGCUCCUGGUAAGUUACCAUUUGCCCUUCAGUUGGGCAAAGUUUGGGUGCCCGUGAGGCUAGGAGAUCCAGGCUGCUCUUUAGAAAUACUGAUUAUUUGUGGUCUAAUAGGACUUAUUUUUUUUAAAAGCUUAGUGGUUGUUUUUACUCUAUUUAAUAAUAAGGAUUUACUGAGUUGUCUGCAACUGAACUGUGAAAUCACUUGCCUCUUUGUAUGACCUUAGAGGGGAGAUUUUUCAAACAUAUCUAGCACCUUUUCUUCUGUGAUGUAGUCUCUCAGCGGAGUGAAGGUUUUAAAGGACACCGUCACUUUCAAAUCUAGUCGUCUUCACUCAGAUUAGGAAAAGGAGCUGGUUUAACUUGAUUGAAACCCCCUCUUACUACCACCACCACCACCACCCCAAAAUCACACACACACAAAACAUUUAACACCCAUGUGGACACAGUUCAACGCGUUUAGUUCAAUUUUAGGAUCCUGCUUCAGCUGUAACUUCACAAGGUAAAAUGUUGGGGAAGCAGUUGCACUGUGUCUGUGCAGGUGCAGAGUGGGCUUUUCAAUCAGGAUCAAGCUCGGUUAGCGGGGAAAAAAACAUUUUUUCUUCUGGUCUUAGACAAGACCUGAGUUGAAGUUUUUCAAGUACUUCACUUGCCACAGCCACAUUGUGUGUGGGGAGGGGCGGGGGGGCUCAAUACAUAAAUGAGAAAGCUUCCUAACUGAAUAACUAGGCGUAUCCGCAAAGCUUACCAUACGUGAAAUGCUGCCAAAUGUGGAGUAAACAGGCUGAAAAGAGAGAGAAACUUUGAUUUUCUCUGAUCUGUGUGUUACAGUGAUCAGAGGUGUUACUUGCAUCACUGGGUAAGAUAUCUUCAGAUGGACUGUGUCUUUUUAUGUUCGCUGAGCUCAAAGGAGCGCUGGAAGUCGGAGAUUAAUUUAUUUAGAAGCCAUUUGUGAGGCCAGAACCUUGUAUGCUAAGCUGACAAUUAAUCGUGCAAUUUGAAAGGCUGCUUACUUCUUGGGCUCAAUCCUGCAAGGUGCUGAUCUCCUUCUCUUUUCCUUGACAUCAGCAGGAAUGUGGAGGGUGCUCUGCACCUAGGUUGUAAUUUGUGCUAUGGUUCUGCAUUGUUUGUUGUUUGGUACCCAGACCCUAAGCUGUCCUUCAGUAGAAGACUUUGCCAUAGGUCAAAAUGAGUUUUGCUCUAAAUAGAGCAGUCAGUUUGCUCACCAGCUGGGUUGCUUGGUUCAAAAAGUCCUCUGUCUUUGUGGCUCCUCCUGCAUCUGUGUUACUCUUCUUCCUGAGACCCUCCCCCCAGCUCAUGCACAGCUGAUAUUAUUUAAUGUAUUCUGUCAUGGUCUGUGCUCAGGCGAGGUCCUCUUGCAGCAGGGCUACAAGCUUCAGUGCCUUUCUGCCAUUCUUCACACAGCCUAGGAGAGUUGGAACGUUCCAGUUCCCAACAGCGUCUGCUUUAUAAAUCACUUGCGUUCAGUCACUGUGAGCUCUGCCUACUGCCGCCCUAUAGCAAAUCAAACCCUUGCUCGUGUUGGAGGUGAAGGUGUGUCCAUGGCAUAGAUGUCACGAGGAGCCCUGCCAAUUUCAGGGCUCAGAUUGAACAGCCCAAGUGAACGAAGUAUGGGGCUGGGAGACAGGCAGGGCCGGCUCCAGGCCCCAGCACGCCAAGCAUGUGCUUGGGGCGGCAUGCCGCGGGGGGCGCUCUGCCGGUUGCCAGGAGGGCGGCAGGUGGCUCUGGUGGACCUCCCGCAGGCGUGGCUGCGGAGGGUCCCCUGGUCCCGCGGCUCUGUUGAAGCAUCUGCAGGCACACCUGCGGGAGGUCCACCGGAGCCGCGGGACCAGCGGACCCUCCGCAGCCAAGUCUGCGGGAGAUCCACCGGAGCCGCGGGACUGGUGAGCGGCAGAGCACCCCCCGCGGCGUGCCGCCGUGCUUGGGGCACUGAAAUGGCUAGAGCCGGCCCUGGAGACAGGGACUCCCAAGUCCUAAUCAUAGCUCUGCCAUCAGCUCUCUUGCACACCUUCAGACAGGUCACUUUACCUGACUGUACCUGACUUCCCCAGCUGUAAAUUUGGGGAAUAUCCCAGGCUCUUCCAAACGGGAGCAAUAAUCUUCAUCACUGGUUUCUGAAAUGGUACUACCCUUAUUACAAGGUAACAUUUGACACAGUAACAUACUGAGGCACAUAGCUUAGCAGUGCCCUUAAGUGGAUACUGUUACAAUAAUUUGCUUUAUGGGCUUUUAUUAUAACACUAAUUUCUAUAAAGUUUAUAAGGCAAGAUUAGAAUUGCAGAUAACAAGUUCUUAAUCAGUUUUUUGCAUACUUGGUUUAGGCUGAGAUUGCAUAAACUAUCGUUUGCCUUGGACCCUUCACUACUUUAGCUUUCUACAUGAAAAACAAGGACAGGUGGCUGUAGUUGAUUGUUACAAAGUAAUUGUGAAUAUACUUUCUGGUGAGCUUCAGGAGACACUAGAAGCAGCUUGGAAUCAUUCUGCAUAUUUGGGGUUAUUGUUACAUUAAUAGAUUUGCAUGUGUCAGAGAGCAGUUUGGCUAUGACUAAUCAUUGUGUGGUUGUUGGAUUAUGAGUAUUUAAAUUCUAAAUUUCUGACUUCAGAAUUACUUCUGGUUGAACUGUUACAAAUGGUCCUUCUAUUUGUUGAUUGGAAUACAACUGACUUGGAAUAUAAUAAUGGCACAUAUUAAAGGAACCACAUUAGUAUGCGAAUCCCCCUCCCAGGAUAAUAUAAAAUGGAAUUAGAUACAUUUACCACUUGUGAUCAAACUUUGGUUUAUUGUUUGAGUUGUUAUCCGUUUGCCCAUGUUGAACUCUUUGUGUUGAAAUUAAUUCAAUAAAUAGUAAUGCUGUCAUAUUCA